GCUGCACCAUCCCUGCCACUAAAGCCUGGGCUACGACCUUCUGGGCGCCCCCUGCCAAUUCCUCAGCUGGAGAGGAACCACACAUGGCCGGGGCGGCGCCGGGCGUGCUGCCCCCAUCAACCCAAGGACCGAGGUCCAUCCGUUCCCGACCACCACUUUCAUCUCAGCUUCAACUGCCGCCCGUCGAUCUCGACAGACAUCAAAAUCAAAUUCGACAAUCAGACCGAACUGAAGAGACCUGGUUCAUCUACUCCUACAGCUUCAACGAUUUGAGUACAGACAUACCAGCUCUACCGGGGAUCGAUAGUGCCCCUGAAUACGCGCCCGUGUAAACACAGCUAUUGACCCCCGAUUUCAAGCCCACCCGACUCAAAGACAACAUCCAUCCAUCACCAUGUCAUUGACAGCGACCAAGAAGCCGCCGCCGCCGCUCACGAGCUCGCCAUAUCCAUUUGCCGCUGCCCCCGAUAUCAUCCGCGCGCACCAAAAGGAUGCCUAUUUCCAGGGCGUCCUCACCAACCAGCUGACCGACCUUCACCGGCGCGUUCGCGGUGCCCGCUCCGCCCACUCCUGGACCACCGAGACCCGCACCGCCGCCGACCUGCUCUACCUCUGCCUCACCACCCUCCUUGGCAACCGCACCCUAGGUGAAGAGUACUGCGACCUAGUCCAAGUCGAAGAGCCAAGCACAGGCGGCAACGGCAGGAUACCAGACGCCCAACACCCCGUCGAACCCACCAGCGAAGCCGGCGGCCCCCGUCUGCCCUCGCUCCAGCGACGAGCCGGCUACAUCGUCAGCAGCGUGCUUGUCCCCUACCUCUUCAGCCGCCUUCUCCCUUCCAUCCGCGCCGCCCUCCGCAAACGCCUCCAGGAUCGUCUGACCGUGCUCGCCCGCCAAGGCCGCGGCGACACCAAGGGCGCCACCCCGUCUAACUCCAACAAGGGCAGCGGCUUCUCAACGGUCUCGACGCUCGAGUACCGCGUGAAGCGCUACCUGCUUACGCACCUGACCUCCAUCACGAGCGGGGCGCACCUGCACGCGCUGACGCUCGCCGUCUUCUACUUCUCGGGCGCGUACUACUCGUUCUCCAAGCGCCUCUUCGGGCUGCGCUACGUGUUCACGCGGCGCAUCGAGGAAGGGCAGGGCGGCCGCGCCGGGUAUGAGGUGCUCGGCGUGCUGUUGGUGGUGCAGAUGCUCGUCCGGGGAUACAUGCACGUGACGGCGCAGCUUUCGUCGAGUUCGCCGCUUAGUGCCGAGGAGGCCAGCACCGAGGCGGGCAUUCGGGAGCGCGCGUUCGGGCCGGGCGCUAACCUCAAUGUGUCGCUGGAUGAGAAUGCGUACAGCAGCAAUAACGAGCUGCUGGUGGAGACGGGCACGCCUGGUGGCGGGUCGGGUAACCAGCGCAGUUUAGCGGAGAUUGGAAGGACGACGCACACGCCGGUGCCCAAGGGCGGGAGGGCGAAGUAUGACCUGGCGGCGAACGAGGAGGUUAUGGGCUGGAUCAAGGGGAGACAGCAGAGGAUGUGCACGCUCUGCUUGGAAGAGCUGAAGGACCCGGCGGCGACACAGUGCGGACAUGUCUUCUGCUGGUCGUGUAUUGGAGACUGGGUACGCGAGAAGCCGGAGUGUCCGCUAUGCAGACGUGAGACGAUGGUACAGCAUAUUCUGCCAUUGAGGGUUGCGUAGAGCAGUCCUUUGGAGGGCAGCUAGGGGGCACGAUUUUAAUAUGCAACGGAAGAUAUGCCAAAAAGCAGGAGGUUAUCACGUCGUCUCAAGAACAGAUUUUGGAUAGUAUCAGAUCGUGACAACGAAGAGCAAAUAGUCAGCGGUUGCGGUUUAUAGAUAAUGUAUAUGUAGCAAGCAUAUUGCCAGGAGAGAGAGCCUGUUUUCAUACAUAGCC